AAUGAACAGGCGGAGAACUUCUUGUGUCUCAGGUCGCACACACCAGUGUUGUGUCGUGUCGCCCAGGCGUUGGAAAACUACCUUUGAAAAAAAAAAAAACUCUUCGGGGUGUGUGCGUGAGAAAGUGUGUGUGCGUCCGUCCUCACGUCUACAGCAGCAGCAACACCAGCAGCAGCACUACCACCAGCUGCAGCAGCAGCGUCGCGAUGAGACAGGAAGACGAACAGGAGGGGGCGCAGGAGGAGGCAACUCGUUUGCUGAAGGCCCGGAUGCAGCGGUCGCGUGGUGAAGACGGUUCGCUGGCUGGAGCCAAACGCCGUGCGAAGGAAUGAAUGCCAGUCGGCAGUGGCGGCCGGCGACACACACAGACAGACCAGUCAGACAGGAGGACAGGACCAGUCGCCUCCCUACGUGUCCCUAUCUCCAGCCACGUGUUGCUCUGGACUGGAGUUAAAGGGUCGCCAGGGAGCGCUAUUAAGCUCCCAUCAUUUCAGAUUAGAAUAUCUUCAAAUCUUCCAAGCGCCGGUGUUCUGCGGAACCUCCCUCACCCUCCUUCCCUCACCACAAAAAAUACUAACUGGCUAUUUAAGGAGGACUUGAGGACUUGAAGAAGUCCCCCACCACCACCAACACCACCACCACCACCGCUGCCCGGCAUCAAGACAAUUCAAAGGACGGGGCAACAGCAAUGACGGAGGAGCAGUCAGUUUAAAGGGGAGAAAGAAAGGAGCGGUGAAUUGUGGCCGGUCCUCUGGGAGGACGGAGGGGCAGCAGCGAGCAACACGUGCGUGACGCUGGCAAAGACUCUGCACUUGAGCUGCAGCUGAGGUCUUUGAAGAAGAAAAAAGAAAGAAGUGUUUGCCGAAAGCAAAGAAGAUCGCCUCACAAGCGUUUUGACGGCGGUGUCCAGGAGAAGAACCCUCAAAAGUGGACGAAAAAAGGAAAUAAAAAACAUCGAGCUACUGUCCUGCUGGGGUUUGUGGACAAACUGAUUGAGAAAAAAAAGGUCUUCCGAGGGCGAUGGCUGUGAACCACGUUAAGAGGUCAAAGGUGAUUUUUAGCGAUGAACGAAAGAGGAUAACAAAAUUGAGCUCUCGUGCGACAGGACAGGAGAGAAAAAGUAAGGAAGACACGACAGUGAAAGGUUAGGACGGCAAAAAAAAAAAAAAACGAGGCCGAGAGGGGGAAGAAGGGUGCAGGUGAGAAGUGAGUGGCGGAAGGGCAAGAGGGGGAAUCGUCCAGUGAAUGAAGGAAGAGAGGAGAAAAAAAGUCACCGGAUGAGUUAUUGAUUGCUGGUCAGACCAGUGGGGUGUGCGGGAGCCAUGGCUUUCCAAACGCAGGGACAGAGUGCUAGCCUCAAGUCGCCCGCCAAACCCGCCACCAACUCGCCGCCGGCAACAGGCGUCCUGUUCGUCCCUUCUCCUCCUCCUCCUUUUCCCGGCGACCAACUCUUCCAGUCCUUUCCUCGUCACACCCGUCGUCGCAGUUCUCGGCGAUUUCAUCUCUUUUUCCAUGUCUCUCUUCCCCUGAUCCACCCUGCGAAAAAAGUGGCUGCUUAUUUCAAAACUUGGCUUCGGGACGCCCGCGACUGCUACAUGAGGACGUCUUCGGGUCGCCUGGUUGACAUUCCCUUCCACGAAACCAUUCUCCCCCCAGUGACGUCACACUCCGUCAGCGCGCCACCGACCCCUGGCGCCAGCGUGGACAACAGUUUUCACCCCGACGACUGCGACGACGACGACCGAAAAAAACUUUUGGGUGACGACGGCGGAGAGGAUUCGGACGAUGUAGACAGGACCUGCGACAGGGGUGCCGCCGAUGAGGAACUUGGAGUUACCUGUCCGCGGGGCGGCGCCACGUGUUGCGGGAGGAUGGCUGGGCUGACGCCGGUGGCGCUGAUGUGGUCGCUGCUGUCAAUCCUGGUGGUGGGCGCCUGCGGGGUCAGUCUCUUCCACCCGUACUGGGUCAUGCACCCGGAUCGCCUCCACUCCUUCGGACUCUUCACCUACUGCAUGCGCGACAUGGCCUCCACCCUCCCCCAGGCCGUGUGUCACGGGUACGGGGAGGCCGGCGGGGGUAGGAUGGAACUGACCCGCAUACCCGCCGGAGCGUGGCAGGCUUCCACCCUGCUUUUCGGGGGAGGGGUGGCCCUGGAGGCCGUGGGUGCUCUGGUGACAGUGGUUCUCCUGUUGUUGCCAUCCUACGGGCGACACCGGCUGGCGCUGCUGAACGGUUACCUGCAGACAGUGGCAGAUCGCAUCUCCUCCUCACACUUGACUGCCGUUCGCUAGAGGAGGUGAGGUGAGUGGGAGGAGAAUUGGAUUGGGAAAGUAUGCGAAGAAAUAACCAGACGGCUAUCUAACCCCAAAAGAAUAGAGUUCAGAUAAUUUUGCACAGAAAAAUCCAAGUCUUUGUUUUCUUUUCCGAUGGCAUACAUGCGGAGCACUAAGUUUUAACACACCUCUGUCUCAUCCUCCAUCUCCCUCCCCUUCUCACUCCCCACACUCACACUGGCUUUUGUCACGUGCCGAUCACGACCCUCUCAAUCUUACAGAGUAUUUCGGGUAGACCGGCCCUUAAAAUCAGUCCAAAGGACUAGUUGUGUAGCUUUAGAGUAAGACACCCGGCAGAGUUCAACCAAAGAUGAUGUGUUGUAUCAAGUCUGGUUCAACUCACCUGUUGCUUAGACUGACACCAGUGGGAUGAAGAGAUGCCAACAGGGAAGGAAGGGAGAAAGGGGCAGGCAACUCACAACAAGGGGGAGAGUGGACAGACCCUGUCCCUGUCAUUCAGGUUAGAAAACUGCAGAAUGGGGCGACGAAGAGAGAGAGAGAGCGAUAAUAACAGCGAGAAGAAAAAAUAGACAGGACAAUAUGGCGAUGGUGAGACCUUAAGGUUGCCCUUAAUGAUGAUGAUGAUGAUGAUGAUUGAUUGAUUCCAUCAUCAAUUAUUAUCAUCAUCUAUUCAUUACAAAUCAGUUUCAUCAGCCUACAACUGUGCUGCACACGCAGAAUCACUCCUCCUCUCUCCUACAGGUGGUAAACCUGUUGAGAAGUGCAUGAGCACCGGUCUAUGAGUGCAUUAGCACCGAGCUAUGAGUGCAUUAGCACCAGUCCAAGAGAACAUUCGCAGACAUGUCUCCCUCGUCGUCUUGCAUGCAGCUGUUGGCUCCCACGAACAUAAACCAGACUUUACUGAAGGCUUGAUCUCUGUUUAUGCUCCCUCCUCGUUAAUAAUUUUCUUAAUGAAGGGAGCAAGGACCUGGUGACAGAGCACUGCUACACAGACCAGGCGUCCUCGACCUUUCCCCCCAACACACACAAACAUUCUUUCUCUAAUCUCUCGAGACCUUUCGUCCUUGACUGCCACCCAGGAGCUGUGUUCACGAAGCGACGGUAAAUAGUUUCAAGUAAAUCAGGAUAAGCAUCUUAUCUCUGUAGAUGUAAGGGAUGUCUAGACUCCGCCAAUGCUGCUGCUCCUGAGGGACAGUAAAUCAGUGACAACGAUUCCCUGGAGUUACUAACCAAAAAAAAAAAUAAUAAUAACAACAAGAAGAAAGUGAUAUCCGCAGGGUCUGGACAGUGCGAUGUAAUUACGAUGUUUUCCCCUUUGCCCACAGGUAGCACCUUACCCUCGCUUCAUGGAUAUAACCCCUGAUCGUUGAUGGUAUAGCUAUACACUUGUAUGUGGGAUGUUGGGAAGCGGGAUGCCGCGUGUUGUCAGAAUCAUUUAUCUAAAUUAUUAUCACAGUUAUUAUCCCCACCUUUCCCAUCUUUGUAGCUUUUGUUGUCGAGAGAGUUCAACAAAAAUGAUGCCAGAGCUGCGACUUUGAAGAUGGUUGUCAGAGAGCUCUCAAAACUUUAGGUUUUUGCGGAGGAUAAACAAACUAAACUGCUAGGGAGUAGAAUGCUGCUGUCACACGAGGCAAGGAACCCUCAUUAGAGACACAGUCCACAGAAAAUGAUGGACACCGAGGGUGAGGAUGCUUUUACCGCCGUAAAGCAUGCGAUUUGUCUAUUCGCUCCUUCUCUCUUUCUCUCCGCCU